AGGGAGCAAGACACAGAUGGUGGGUACGCACGACGAAACAGAGAUGCUGGGGUCGUCGCCGAUGAAGAAGCGGCGGGGCCGUCCUUCGUUGAAGAAACACCAGUCUGGAGGAGUGAUUGGCGAGUCGACAAUGCCGAUCGCACUCAACACAUUGAACCAGCAGAGUGCACACGAGUUGAGCGAGGCGACGGUGAAGCAGGGGUUCUGCUCGACGCCGGUGAUGCGUUUGAGCCCCUCGAAGGACAGCCGGCUCGGCGGCGGCGGCGGCGGCGGCAGCGGGAAGACGGCGUCAAAGACGAAGUCGGUGCUCUACGAGAUCAACAACAGCGCCGGCAUGGCGGGUGGCGGCGGCAAGACGCCGAGGAAGGCGUACAGCGAGCCGUUUUUUGUGAACUCGACGGUGGCGGUAGCCACCCCGCAGAAGGCCUCCAAGACCAGCACGACAGACCCGUCGACGCUGUCAUCGUCGUCGCCGCUGAGCAGCAACCUGCUCACCAGCGACCCGGUCCACCAGUCGUCGUCGCCGCUGCAGACAUCUCCACUUCCGUCGGAGUACGGCUUCGGCAAGAGCAACUUCAGUGGCAAGAGCCACCUCACGAGCAACCCGCACAGCGGCAACGUGAAGACCGCAAGCGGUCCGGAGGAGAAGGCCACGUUCAGCGUGCAGUCGUCGCCGUUCUACAACAGCUCGUCGAAGCACUACGAAGACCAGAUCUUCAAGUACAUCAACUCGUCGCCGAUCUCCACGGCGCACACCCCCAGAAGGCGGGGCUUCGACCAGAACAUGAGCCUUGACAGCGUGAUGAGGCUGCAGAGGAGCACACACGGCCGCGUGGGCAAGUACUCGGCGCAGGCGACGCCCCAGUCGUCUCCGCAGAGGCCCCACAGGCAGCAGCAGCAGCAGCAGCAGCAGUACAGAUACAGAUUGAGCUACCGCUACAAGCUCACGCUCGACAUCGACGACUACGGCAAGGCGAAGAUCUACGCCCGGGUGCUCGAAAACAACCUCUUCAGCCCGCCCGCGUCCCGCCACCAGUACGACUCCUACCAGCGACCCGUGUCCUCGUGCGGGGCGCUCGAGGAGUGUGCCACGAACCCGUACAGCGGCCUAGCCUCGGACUCGGACUCGGACUCGGACAUGGACAACUUCGAGCCCAGCCGCUACGAGCAGUACCUCAACGAGCAGCGGCGGUACAACGAGCAGCGCCAGCAGAUCAUUCGCAACAGCAUGAAGAGCGACCCGUACAUGACGGACUACUACACGCCCAUCGAGUACAUCAGUGCGGGAAACUCGCCCCCUGGCGGCUUCGAGGACUACAUCAACCAGGAGUACGAGCGGGUCAAGACCGUCAACAUGACCUAUGUGGUGAGCAGCAACACCCACGCUGCGGCCAAGGGGCUCUCUGCCGGGAUCGACCAACAGCAACAGCACCAGCAACACCCCCGGCCUGCGAUGAAACCCACAGAAGACGACGAGACCCAGUGUCUGAACCUCGCACACCAGUUCCUAGACACAAACUUCAUCGAGUCGACGAGAUGCGACAACUUCAACAUCCUCCCCGUGAUCAGCACAAACCCCUCGUUCGAGUCGUUUGUGCGCUCGGACCCGCCGCUGGCCGUCGACUACUUCUCCUACGACCUCACGUCGAAGCAGUACCACAGCUGCUGGAAGAACAUCUCCAACAACCAGUUCAUGAAGCCGUACGAGUUGUCGAACGUGGACAACAUCACCCGCUUGCGCACCGUGCAGCAGACGGACGACUUGAUGAUGUUCUUGCCCACGACAAGCCAGGCGAGGUUGGAGAACGCGUGCUGGAGAGCGUGGUACAAGAAGCUCCGCAGCUUGCAGGAGUUGGACCCGACCGAGAUCAACUGGUUCAAGGAGAACGACGUGACGGUCUUGUACGGCCCGCUCAUCGACGACGCGGACGACGCCGCCGAGAAGAAGAGGCAGAAGAACCUCCAGCAGCAGCAAGUGAAGGGCUCCGCCCGAAUAUUCGACUACGACGGCGACUGCAAGAUGGCCGAGGCCUGGAACUCGGACUACUCCUCGUCCACGAGCGAGAACGAGAACGAGAACGACAACGACAGCGACAGUGACAGCUUGCUGCUACAGAAACACUACAGUCUUGAGUCCGCAGGCACGUCGAUCUCAAGCCUGUCCAACAGCAAGGCGGCCCCAAAGACCGCCGCCCCCAUCGCCGCUGUCGCCGCAGAGACCGCCUCUGCUGCACACGCAGACAUGACCCCCCCUCCUCCUCUGCCGGCGUCCUCCGCGUCCUCCACGUCCUCCACGUCCUCGUUCAUUGUCUCAUCGGGCUCGCAGACGUCCUUGUCCAACACAGACCUACCGGACCUGUCUCCCCCAGCCCUGGCUCUCAACGGCAAGCAGUUGAAGUCCAUCUUGAAGAAGCGCAGGAACCUCUACGCAGCCAAGACCGAGUGCAAGGGCACCAAGAAAAGAAUAAGCUUCAGCCAAGAGUUGAGCAGUGUUCGCUUCAUUGUGUGAGCACAGACCCACGGUUGGCCUUCCGUCUUGUGCUCCUACCAUCGCUUUUCCUCUUACGCUUUUUUUGUUUCUUCUUCCCUCCUCGCCCCCUGCAACUUGCUCCUCGUUUUUUCGUUUCAUUUCGUUUCUUUUAUUUUCCCCUUGUCCUUCCCCCUGUACGGUUUACGUUUUUUUCCUUCUUCAUGUUUCGGCCCCACUGCUCUCGGGACCACGGCUCGGUCCCCCGCACUUCCUAAUGCACGACCUCCUUAUACACUCUAGUCUAAUUAAUAUACACUUGUACACACUAUCCACCCACUCC